AUGUCAAGCAUCAUCAGAUCUGCCAAAUCUAUUGUUCCAUUAAUGGACCGUGUUCUAGUUCAAAGAGUUAAAGCUGAAGCUAAGACUGCUUCUGGUUUGUACUUACCUGAGAAGAACGUUGAAAAGUUAAACCAAGCUACUGUCUUGGCUGUGGGUCCAGGUUUCACUGACGCUACAGGCAAUAAAAUUAUUCCACAAGUUAAAGUAGGUGAUCAAGUCUUGAUUCCACAAUUCGGUGGGUCUACAAUCAAGUUAAGAAAUGACGAUGAAGUUAUCUUGUUUAGAGAUAGCGAAAUCUUAGCUAAAUUAAAGGAUGAGGCUUAG